CACAUCACUAUGCCCGCGCCCCCCGUCACUAUUUACGUGACCUCGCUCACGUCUCAGCCCAAGGUGCGCAAGCACAUCGAUCUGCUGCACCGUGCGUUGACGGCGCUCGAGAUUCCCUAUGAGGCUUUUGACCUCGCAACCGAUGAGGACGCUAAGCGGCGAUGGCAGCGUGCUAAGCCGACGGACAGGGUUGUUGGGCUCCCAGGAUACCUCGUCGGAGGAGAAUGGAUCGGAACAAUGGACGACUUUGAGGACGCGGUCGAGAUGGGCCAUCUCGAAAAGUUCCUGAAGCAGGAUAUGGAGCUGGCCGACGUUUCUCAGACAAUUGGCGAGGCUGAGCUUGACCGCCUGAUGCGCGAGAUGACAGACGCGGACCUCGACCAACUCGUGGGCGACCUGAAGGUAGACGAGAAGGAGAAGCCGCGGGACUCAUCCAGUGGAGGCCUUCUUGCCGGCAUCAAGAGUGCUGUCAGCAACGUUGCAAACGCGGCGGGUGCUUUUGCCGACGAUGCGACCGGGCAGGCAGCGGUUGAGGCGCCCACACCGGUGGAGACGCCUGCGCCAAAGGAGGUCAAGAUCAAGGAGUCCACGCCUUCCGCCCUGGCAAACUUCGCCAGCGUUGUUGGAGCCUUCGCUGACGAGACCACCGGUCAGGCUGCCGUGGAGGCGCCAACUCCCCAGGGUGCAGGCACGCCAUCUGAGCCUUCGGCUUUCGGUGCGGCUAUGGCGAAUGUUGCUGAUGCCGCCGGCGCGUUCGCCGAUGAGGCGACUGGCCAGAGCGCGCUCGAGGCGCCAUCUUCGCCUAAGGAAGGACCGAAGCCUGGGGAGAAGACGCUCGACGAGGUGAUUGACGAGACAAUGGCCAAGGAGAAGAAGGAGUACGAGGCCGAGAAGAAGGAGGAGGCCGCGGAGAAAGCCAAGGAGGAGCGCUCCAAGGUUGAAGCGACACUGGAGCGCGACAAUGAGCGCGAAGCGGAGCUGAUCCGCAAGGAUGAGUAGCGCCGGUCAUAAUGCCGUAUGCAAUGCAUGUGAUUUGUCUUCGGG